ACAGCUGGGCUUGUGGCAUCCUAGAGACUUCUGUGCACGCACGCACACACCCCUGCACACGUGCACAGGCAUGGUCUAUGGUUUUCUUCCACACCCACUUACGUAGAGCCCUUUCCUCACGAGAGCGCACCCUAUUUUCUUUGUACUUCUGUCAUAAGGAGCUCUCUGUUCAGUUUACUGCAUUCUUCUCUAUUGUGGUAACACAUGACGUAAACUUGAUCAUCUUAACCAUUGUUUUUUAGAGACGGGGCUGGAGUGCCGUGGCUCAAUCACAGCUUACUGCAGCCUGAAUCUCCUGGGCUCAAGUGAUCCUCCCCCCUCCCAAGUAGCUGGGACCACAGGGGUGCACUGCCACACCCAGCUAACUUUUUAAAUUUAUCUUUUGUAGAGACGGGGUCUCCCUGUGUUGCCCAGGCUGGCCUGAACCAUUUUAAGUGCACAUUUCAGUGGCAUUAAUUACGUUCUCGUUGUGCAGCCAUUACUAUCCAAGUAAGCUUUCAUUUUCCCAAACGGAAACCGUUCCCAUUAAACAACCCCUUUUCUGCGUCCCUCCAGCUCCUGGCACCCAUGCUUCUACUUCCUGUCUCUAUGGAGGGACCUCCAUUUGUCCCUUUGGGUCAGGCUCAUUUCACUCAGCCCCACCCCAAAUCCCUAGGUUGCAAUCCUAACCCCUACCAUGACUGCAUUAGGAGGGGGGACUUUGGGCAGUGAGUAGUCAUAAGGGCGGAGCUCUUCAAAUGGGAUUAGUGCCCUAUGAGGGGGCGGAGCUCCAGUGGGACUAGUGCCCUAUGAGGGGGCAGAGCUCCUCCAGUGGGGUUACUGCCCUUAGGAGAGCCCUGAGGGCACUCUUUUGCCCCUCCCACCGUGUGAGUGCUCUGUGGGAAGGUGCUGUCUGUGAACCAGGGUGGGCCUCAUCACACACCGAACCUGCCUGGAGCCAUGGCCUCCAGAACUGUGGAAAGUCAGUGUUUAUCAGCCACCCAGACCAUGCCACUGCAUCACAGCAGCCCAAGCUACAUACUGUCCAGAAGAUUGAUUUUCAGAACUUUUUAGGAGCCACCAGGCCUCGAGGCAUUUGUGUCACCUCAGGGCUGAGGGCCAGGGCCGCAGUGCUGGCCCUCCAGCUGGUGUCCAGCUGGGAAUCAUGUGGAAGAAGGUGGUUCCGCGGAGGGAGGGCCUGGCCAGCCUGAGCCCAGCCGAAGUUCUUGCGGACUUGAACUUCCCGGCCUCCUCCAUCUGCCAGUGUGGGCCCAUGGAGAUCCGUGCAGACGGCCUGGGCAUCCCGCAGCUCCUGGAGGCGGCGCUGAAGCUGCUGCCCCUGGACACCUAUGUGGAGAGUCCGGCUGCAGUCAUGGAGCUGGUGCCCAGCGACAAGGAGAGGGGCCUGCAGACCCCAGUGUGGACGGAAUACGAGUCCAUCCUACGCAGGGCCAGCUGCGCGAGAGCCCUGGCAAAGAUAGAGAGGUUUGAGUUUUAUGAGCGGGCUAAGAAGGCUUUUGCUGUUGUGGCAACGGGGGAGACGGCCCUCUACGGAAACCUCAUCCUCAAGAAGGGGGUGCUUGCCCUCAACCUCCUGCUGUAGGCCUGGUGAAGACCACCUGGGCCGGAAGAGGAAUUGGGGCCACCCUGAGCUUCAGUAUCACCACUCACAACAGGCCUCCCAGCAGCAGCUCCCAGACCUGGGCCUUGGCCAGAGCUCUAGGGGGCCAGCAGUCUUGGGGUGGGCCCUGCUAAUUGGGACAAGUGUCCCUGAUUUGUGAAAAUGAUGGAAAAACGUAGUCGCUGGUCAACGUUCA